CGUCAGUACAAGGUACCACCGACCGUAGAUUGCUAACGAAACGCGGUUUUAUAACGAACGAAGGCAUUCGAUUUUUGAAUGUUACUUUUUUAAAUAUAAUAAGGUGUUUUAAGUGUCGUCGGAUUGAUGUACUUUUUUAUGUGAUCGAGUGUUUUAUGGUGUGCAGUGUUGUGCGCUUUGAACGUACCUAGAGGUAGAGGAGUCCCGUUGUCCGGCGCGAGUAGUUUACCAAAUGGCACGUGAAUAGCAUGUUCGCCACGGGGCGACCGGCGGCUGGCGGCGCUAACUCUCUCCACGCACUCAUGGGAUGACACAGUGAGCAGCAUGUCAGCGCUGGGCUUGGGCGGCGAGCGGCGCUACUCCGUGCCGGCGCACCCCAUGCUGCACGACCCGCGCGGGAUGCACUCGGAGGACCUGCACGCCUGGUCCAUAUACAGGCAAAACCUGAACUCUGACUUCACUGACAGCGCCCUGGGCAGCACCGACAAGAGCCCGCUGCCGUACGGAAACUUCCAGCUGCGCGACACCACCGUGCAGUCUAUCCUCUCUCACCCCCGAUACGGACCCAAGUCAGCGCUGGGCUCCAACAUGUACACGUACCUCAAGUUCGGACUGCCGCGCGUGUUCCCGCCCAACCACAACGGCUCGCAGCGCUCAGGAACGCCCAAGCCGAAGACGUCCAUCGGGAGCGGCAUGAAACCUGUGCCGAGGAUACAGCGACAAAGCCGCGGGGUGCGCGAGACGUCGUCGGGCUACGACAGCUCCGACAACGAGACGUCCACCAACUACAAGCACAGCCGCAAGUACCGCUCCGACCCCGACUUCAGGAUGCAGAACCUGCAUCCUUCCUAUCAGCACGCCACCGGAGUGCCUCUCGUGGCGAUGCAGCAAGCCGGCAUACAGGGCAGAGAGCCGCACUCGCACUGGACCAACUCGCGGCACAAGUCGCACAGCGAGGCCAACCUGCUGGGAGUGGUGGGCGGCGACUCCAGACCCAGCCGCUCGUACAACAGAAGGAACAGUGUCGCCGAUUACGUUCCCGACAAUGACCAUCAAAGCUACCUGCCGGCGUCGCUCGCGGGCGGGCGCGCGUCCAAGGCCGGCAGUCAACUGUCGCUGGCGCACUCGCGCAAGCUGUCCACGCUGCGGCCGGCCGACCAGCUCGACGGGUACACGCACUCCGCCUACAUCUAUCCUAACUAUUAUGUCAAUAGUUUAGAAAUAACAUCCCCCGAGAACAGGUCGACGCUGCUGGUGUCGGGGCUGAGCUUCGAAGUGAAGUCCGGCGAGAUCCUGGCCGUGCUGGCCACGGCGCAGGCGGAGGCCAGCGGCCUGCUGGACGUGCUGGCCGGGGCUAGAAAGAAGCUGUCGGGAGCCAUCGUGCUGAACGGGCAGGCGGUGGCGGCGCGCACGCUGCGGCGCGUGGCGGCCUACGUGCGGCGCGACGCCGCGCUGUGCGCCGCCAUGUCGGUGGAGCACACGCUGCGCUUCCACGCCGCGCUGCGCACGCCGCGCCGCCACCGCGCACACGACAAGAUGGACGACAGAGAUCGGAUAAACAUAUUAAUAGAAGAAUUAGGAUUAGAACAAGUCCGAGACACCAACGUAGGCAGACUGACUCGAUCAGAAAUCAGACGGUUGAACGUGGCGUGCCAGCUGCUGCUGGACAUGGCCGUGCUCAUCCUGGACCAGCCCACCAAGGAGAUGGACAUAUUCGACACCUUCUUCUUGGUGGAGUAUCUCAGGAACUGGGCCAGCACGGGUCGUGUGGUCAUUAUGUCGCUGCAUCCGCCUACUUAUGAAAUUUUUGCGAUGUUAACCAAGGUUGUUCUGAUAUCGGCUGGCCGAACAAUGUUCAGCGGAUACAGAAGAGACAUGUUGCCAUAUUUUGCCUCAAUAGAUUACCCGUGUCCUGCUUUUAAGAAUCCUUCUGAUUAUUACUUGGACCUGGUGACGCUGGACGACCUGUCGGCGGCCGCCAUGCUGGAGUCGUCGGGCCGCAUCGAGGCGCUGGCCGGCGUGUUCGCGGGCGCGCAGUCGGCGCCCGAGCCGCCGCCGCCGGUGCCGCUGCCGGCGCCCGUCGGCCGCCCCAACGUGUGUCUGCAGGCCUUCGCGCUCAUCGAAAAAAGUUUGCUGUAUACCCAGAUGACCACGCUAUCGAACGUGAUCACCAGAGUGAUCAUCGCAGCGGUGAUGUCGCUGGUCACGGGGACUAUAUUUUGGGAUCUGCCCUCGACAGACCCUAAGCUAACUCAAAACGACCGCAUCGGCUUCCACUACGCAGUGAUGUGCCUGUGCGCGUGGCCCGUGCUGCUGUGGCUGAGUGCGCGCGAGGCGAGCUCGAUGCGGCGCCACGUGGAGCGGGACAUCGCUGUCGGCCUGUACUCGAGGACCAUGUUCAUAUUGUUUGAUCAAUUCCUAGAAGUAUGGUCGGCGAUACUGACGUGGCUGGCGUACCUCGUGCCGGCCUACGCCAUGAGCGGCCUGUACGCGCAGGCGCCGGCCUCCUUCGACGGCAUCUACGUCUACUUGGGCUACAUGCUGUUAUAUCUGAUAAGCAUACAAAUGCUGUGUCGAGCGUCGAUAUUCCUGGUGCCCAUGGAGAAGACUGCGUCGGUGCUCGCCGGCUUCUGCCUGCUGCUGGCGACGCUGGUGAACGGCGUGAUGCUGCACCAGCGGGACUUGCCGCCCUACGUGCGCUGGCUGGAGCUCGUGUCGCCGUCGCGAUGGGCGCUGCCGGAGAUCCUGCGGAGAGAGCUGACCGAGAUCGCUCUCAAGAGCAGUAUAAGCAAGGACCUCAUGUGUACCAACAAGCAGAGACAGCACCCCGACAUCAUAGUGCAGUGUCCGCCGCCCAACGGCACCCAGGUGCUGGCCGACUUCGGCUACGUGCGCGCCGGCCGCCCGUGGGAGGUGUCGGACGACGCGGUCCUCGUGGCGCUGGCCGUAUUCUACGCUGUCUUCGCCUUGUUGGCGAUGUUCGCAUUCGUGUUUGACUGUACUAAAUACGUUAGGAGUAAAGAGAAAUCCUCGAAGAAAGGAUACAAGGUCACUGUCAAUACUCCUUAGAAACCAAAGGUACGGCAUACCUAUCUGAUACAUGAGCAAAAAAAGAGACAAAUAUAUGUAAGGUGCGUUACUUUUCGCUCAAUUUUGAUGUGCCAGUUUUUAACCUUAGAUAUAACUCAGGUAGAACAUUUUUUUAAUACACAUCGUGGUGUGUAAGGUGCUGUCUUUUUACAUAAACACCGAUACUGGUGCUCAUAUUGAAGACUCGUAAUAUUUACAUUUAUAUAAAAAGAGAGAAGAGUAUCUAUAUGUAUGUGCCUUGACAUGGGUUGUGAACUUCUUUGGGCUAGUUAUCAUCAAGGUUCGAUGUGCAUGGCUCGGAGCACUUUAACGCUAACAUUUUGUAAAGGCUUCGGCGCGGUCCGUUCGAUGUCUCGUAGGUAGCGAUAGGGUUUGUACUAAACAAACUGUAGCCUGACAUUAUAGCGCGUUACAACAGCUCGCCAUCGCUUCAUUCGAAAUUUGUUUCUGAGUCGAUCGUGUGCCGUGUCCACGACUCGGUUACGAUUUCCUCUUUAAAGAAGUUAAUAUUUUCUUUAAAAAAAAUGAAAGUCUUAGUUACACAACAGUUGCUCGACUUAGGGCACUUUACAAGUCACCGCGACACCUGAUGCCUUUAGUUUACAAAUACUGCUAACGAUUGUCAACUAUUUCUCUUUUAUGUAAAAUGCUACGAUCAAUGGAGUUUUGCGUUUUUAUUGUUGAGUUGCGAUUUUACUAUUCUAUCAAUUUACAUAUCCCGUAUAAUGAGAUAGGAACAGUGUCACAGUUUAACUGCAUUUCUUAUACAUUAGAAACUAAGGAAUUUUUUUUAAAAUAUGUUUUAGUCUUCUAUUGAUUGUUUGUAAGUAAACAUAAAUGCAUGUAUUAAACGGGAAUUCACGAUUUCAGUUGUUAUAUAUUUAAAGUUAGUACGUUUGAGUUUAAUAGUUAUGUCGAAUAUCUACGAAUUGCUGAAAUAUUUUAACAAUUGAUAAUUACGUACCUUUCUAUAUUUAAGUAGGACAAACUUUUUAAAAAGUAAAUAUGCCUAUAUACAGACAAAUUUAAAACCUUUUCUUUGUUGAACUUGGUUAAAAAGGUCAAAUUUUCUUUAAGAUGACUAACAAAUUGUAUAUAAAUCGAAAUAAAUCGUUUACUUAAAAAUUUGGAAAACUUAAAAAAAUCGAUAAUUUAGCAAACUAAACUUAGAUAUAGGUAUUCAUAAUUUUAGUUAACUAAUAAAGAAAUAACUAUAAAAGUAAUUAGUUUGAUUCAAACGGACCAUUAUAAUCAAUGUACAAACUGAUUUAUAUAUAAUGAGUUAUUAUUGUACUGGACACUUCAAUACAUUCACGUAAUGCAUUUGUAUACCGCGGCGACAACAACUGUAGCACCAGUCGCUGGUGCUCAUGUGGGAGAGGAGACACCGCGAGCACGUCCGGAACUUGCGGCCUCAGGUGUGGGACAAGCAGCAGGACGCUGUGCAAACUUGCACAGAAGGUGUGCAAUUGUACACGGUACAAACAAUUUACGUAUAAAUCUAAUUUUAAGUAAUUAAAUUAAGAAGGCCGAUUGGAAUGUCUUCCAUCAUUAACAAAAUUUUACUUUCUUAUUUAUCGUAAUUUAAAUUUUAAUGCAUGUUUAUGCCAUUAUGUAUGUAUCAAGUAUGAAUUAUAGGUAAUUUUGAUUGUACAGAUAAUUUUAUGUACUUACAAUAUAAAUACAAAGGUCUCUAUUAUACCUACCUAUAAUAAUUCUCUAUCACAAUUUUAGUUAUAACUUCAAUGUAAUAUUCAAUAAAUAAGAAAGAUACAUUAAUGUAAUAAAAUUGUUAGGUAAAUAUAACGAAUGUUAUUAUAAAAUAAAUAUAGCACAGAAAUUGGCUAAUUCUUAAUUGAUAAGUAAAUAUACUUAAUUAAAAAUUAGUCGAUUCUAUAACGUUUACAAGAACUGCGCGGGUGUAUAAUAUUCUUAAAAAUGAAAUGUAGUGUUAGGCGACGAGUGGCUAGACAGUGGCGUAUUUUAAUUUUUAAUGUUUAACGUUAGCUUUUGUAAAUAUUCGAGAACCGAAUGAGAAACCGGUUAAUAAAUAAAUGAAUAACACUGCCUCUUGUGUUUGCUCAUACAACAUAAUUCAACCGCCAAUUUUGUUUUACAGAAACAUUAGAUAACUACGAGGAUUUGCUAAAAGGUGCAUCAUUCAGCUCUGAAUGUUAAUCUGUAAAUCUCUCUCCGCGUCGGCGCCUCCCUACUGAGGGCGACCUGUGGCUGCCUCACACUCACGGCUGUUUCUGUUUGCUGUCGCAGUGGAUUGGGGUUUUCUUGGGAUCAAUAACGUGGCGCCCAGAUCCUUCCACAGCAGUCUUUUAUAAGAGUUCUAUCUGUUUGUGGGCACUGGACACCGCCGCGUGUCGGGUUCAUUCACCUCUUAAUAGACCUUUAAAUAGGUACCUGAUAAAUAAGUAUCUUUAAAGUUGUUUUUAAUUGUGACCGAUUAAAUUAAUUAAUUAAAUGACACAAAAAUCAGUGGAAGUUCAGUGACUUUUAUGUACAACAGAAUUGGUGGAUACUUACAAGGUAUUAAUGUAUGAAAAUUAAAUUGAAGUCAGUCAAUUAUUAAUAAUAAUAAUUUAUUAAUCAUUAAUUAAUAAUAUGUUUAUACGAGUUUAAAUGUUAAAGACAAGCCAUAAUAUUAGAAAAUAUUAUUAUUAAGUUACCUUUGCUUACAACAAUUAAAAAAGUAAAUAAAAAUAGUUUUAAUAUGG